GGAAGGAAGAAGCAAAGCCCCUUCUACCAAUCAUGACACUAAACACCCAGCAGGAAGCAAAGACCUCCCUGCGCCGUAGAGCCAGCACUCCUCUGCCGCUCUCCCGGGGCUGCCAGCCUGGCCUGAGCACAGCACCCUCCACUCAGUCCCACCAUCCCCGGCUGGGCCAGUCAGCCUCCCUCAACCCUCCCGUCCAGAAACCUUCAACUGCCCCUGAUGAUUGGUCCUCUGAAUCCAGCGACUCUGAAGGCUCCUGGGAGGCCCUCUACCGUGUGGUGCUGCUUGGAGAUCCUGGUGUAGGGAAGACCAGCCUGGCCAGCCUCUUUGCAGGAAAGCAAGAAAGGGACCUCCAUGAGCAGCUGGGAGAAGAUGUAUAUGAGAGGACCCUCACGGUGGAUGGAGAGGACACCACACUGGUAGUCGUGGACACCUGGGAGGCCGAGAGACUGGAUAAAAACUGGAGCCAGGAGUCCCGCCUGGAAGUAGGCAGCGCCUAUGUCAUCGUGUACUCCAUCGCUGAUCGAGGCAGCUUUGAGAGCGCCUCUGAGCUCCGCAUUCAGCUGCGGCGCACACAUCAGGCAGAUCACGUGCCCAUCAUCCUCGUAGGCAACAAAGCAGACCUAGCCCGCUGCCGGGAAGUCUCCGUGGAAGAGGGCCGCGCCUGCGCCGUCGUGUUCGACUGUAAAUUCAUCGAGACGUCGGCCGCACUGCAGCACAACGUGGCAGAGCUCUUCGAGGGAGUGGUGCGCCAACUGCGCCUGCGCCGCCGGUACAGCUCAGCCCGAGAGCCACCUGCACCCCGACGGCCGGUCAGCCUUGGCCAGCGCGCCCGCCGCUUCCUUGACCGUCUGACUGCCCGUAGCGCCCGUCGCCGGGCACUUAAGGCCCGCUCCAAGUCUUGUCACAACCUGGCGGUGCUCUGAGGCCAUUUGCUCUUCUGAAGGUGGCGGAUCACUGGAGGUGCAUUCUGGGCUCUACUGACACCACCGAGGGGCAAAAGUGCCAUUACCUGGAGCCGGCAUUGUGGGCCUUGCUUGCCCACUGCGCUGAUAAAGGGAUCAUCACCCAUGGCCAGAGCCUCAGCGACCCCUCUCCUGCCUGUCCCUCCAGCCUUGGGGAAGUGAUGGACAGAUUAUAGGGCCGAAACCCCAAGCUGAGCACAAAGUAGG